CCAAUUUCCCUCCCGUAUUUCCGAGCUUCCCUCCCCAAUUUAUGACCUUCCCUCCCAGCAAAUCUACAAAAUUUUUAAUUGAUUUUGCUAAAACUCAAAACCCAUUCGAACCCAGCUGCAAAAUUCGUUUCCUCCACUCUAAUCCAUCAACGAUAGAGGAUUGCUCUUGCUCGCAGCCGACCGCAAGCCUGCUUGCUCUCUCCUGUUCGUCAUCCAUGCAGGUGGAAAGAAAUUGAAGCUCACAAUUUGGGAAAUAGGUGCGUAGAGAUGGAGUUGGUGCUUGGUGGGGACUCUAGGAGGACUUGCAAUCCUUGUGUGGAUGAGGUGGAGUGGUGGAGCAUGGAGCUGCUGCUCCAUUGGCUGCUGUGGCAGUUUGAGAAUUGUUUGCCUCUACCGGUUUGACUUUGAAAUACACCUUCAGCUACCAGUUGAUGAAAACUAAACAGUUGUCAGGGGCGGAUUUUAAGAUCAAGCUGCUAACAGUAGGUGGGAAGAAAUUAAAGCUCACAAUUUGGGAUACAGGUGCGUAGAGAUGAAGUUUGUGCUUGCUUAUGAUCUUUUAUGCUUUUCAUUCCAAAUUUGUCAUUUUAUAGUUCCAAUUUGUCUCAGUAGCCUAUUACUUCAUGUGUGGUCCUUGGUGCAAAACUUUUGAAAGACGCAAGAGGGGGAAAUACGUCUACUAGACAGGAAAGGUUCAAGACAUUAACAAUCUCUUACUAUGGAGGUGCCCAAGGGAUCAUUCUUGUCAAGAUCAAGAUCAAGCUUUUGGACAAUUUUACAUUGAUACGGGAUUAUUGUGAAGUAUUAGAAGUUUUACAUUGCUUUUCAUUGGAAAUUCGUUUAGAUCUGGUAUUUCUGUUUUGUUUGUUGAUAAUAUGAUCUACAAAUUUGGAGAUUAAGCUUGCUUUGGUGGAUUUUUGAAGAGUUUUUGUUUCAUCUUUCAGAUCUGUUACUGAGAUGAUUUCUGGGAAUUUUAGUAUAAUUUAUGCUUAAUUCAGUAGGAAAAGGCAGUGAGGCAAUGGCCUCAUUUCAUGAUUCAUUUCAUACUGUGGAGCUCCUUUGUCAUGUGUUUGUCGAUUGGAAUUCUUCUGGUUUGCUUCCAGAGACCUACCACAGAUGGUGUUGGGGUUUGCCUCAUUGCCUUUGCAAUUGGUAAUGGCUUGUAUGCUUGUUGGGUUAGUCCAAGAAUUAAGUUGUGUACCUAGG